ACCCGCAUCGGUUGGUAGCACAAUGGCUACUGUUGUCGUGCCAUGCGUCUAAAAUUUAGGUGUCGAGUUCGUUUUUGAUGUGAUCGAACCAAUUUAAAAUCAAUUUCGGCAAACACCCGUCUAAACACACUUCCGCGACCAUGACCGAGUCGACCGUGAACGGCAACGACGAAAACGAGCACGAAAAAGAGACAGUUUCCGACAAGGACUUGCCCCUGAGUUUCAUGCAAGACAGGCACUUGGGGCCCAUCGAAGGCGUCGAGUGCAUAACGCAGACAUGGCGCAUGAAGGAGCGCAUGAAAACCGUCAGUGUAGCCCUCGUCCUGUGCUUAAACGUAGGCGUGGACCCCCCCGACGUGCUCAAAACGCAGCCCUGCGCCCGCCUCGAGUGCUGGAUAGAUCCCCUCACCCUGUCCGCCCCCAAAUCCAUACAGAAAAUCGGGGAGAACCUGCAGGCGCAGUACGAGCGGUGGCAGCCCCGCGCCCGCUACAAACAGUCCCUCGACCCCACCUCCGAAGAAGUAAAAAAACUGUGCACGUCGUUGCGCAGAAACGCCAAAGAGGAACGCGUUCUGUUCCACUACAACGGUCAUGGAGUUCCUAAGCCCACGGAGAACGGGGAGAUCUGGGUGUUCAAUCGAACAUACACGCAAUAUAUUCCUCUGUCCAUUUACGAUCUACAGACGUGGAUGGGGGCGCCCUCGAUUUACGUGUACGAUUGCUCGAAUGCGGGGAUCAUUAUCGAGUCGUUCGAGCACUUCGCGAUUCAGCACGAGCGGGAGUACGAGCAGGCGACGACUCAGACGAGGCAGACGGCCGUCGUCGCCCCCCUGCCGUCGUACAAGAGUUGCAUUCAGUUGGCGGCGUGCGGAGCCAAGGAGGUGCUGCCCAUGAACCCAGAUCUGCCGGCGGAUCUGUUCACGUCUUGCCUUACAACGCCCAUCAAGGUCGCCUUACGAUGGUUUGUUUUACAGUCUACCUCGAAACUAGUGCCCAAAGUCACGUUGGAUUUAAUUGACAAAAUCCCGGGCCUUAUCACCGAUCGUCGCACGAUGCUCGGCGAACUCAACUGGAUUUUCACAGCAAUAACAGACACCAUCGCUUGGAACACCCUCCAGAGAGACUUGUUUCAAAAACUCUUCCGCCAAGACCUGCUAGUCGCCAGUCUUUUCCGCAAUUUCCUCCUCGCUGAAAGAAUACUCAAAUCGUGCGAUUGCACCCCCGUGAGCUCGCCGCUCCUGCCGCCCACCUCCCAGCAUCCCAUGUGGAACGCGUGGGAUUUGGCGCUCGACCUCAGUCUCGGCCAGUUGCCGGGAAUCAUCAACAAGAACGAGCCGUUCCGGAAUCUGCCGUUCUUCGAGGAGCAGCUGACGGCGUUCCAGGUGUGGCUGGAGCUGGGGUGCGAGGAGAGGAGUCCCCCGGAGCAGCUGCCCAUAGUCCUGCAGGUGCUGCUGAGUCAGGUGCACCGGAUGCGGGCGCUGGAACUACUAGGGAGAUUUCUGGAUUUGGGUCCGUGGGCUGUGAAUCUCGCUCUGUCGGUAGGGAUUUUUCCCUACGUGUUGAAGUUGUUGCAGAGCAGCGCGAAGGAGUUGAGACCAUUGUUGGUGUUCAUUUGGGCGAAAAUCUUGGCUGUGGAUAAUACUUGUCAGGGGGACCUGGUGAGGGAUAAUGGUCACAAGUACUUCUUGUCGGUGCUCCAGGAUACCUCUCUGUCGUCUGAGUACCGCACCCAGUCGGCGUUCGUCCUCGCCUCCAUCGUCAACAACUUCCACGACGGCCAAGAGGCGGCCUUGAAGGGCUCGCUCGUCAGCAUCUGCUUGGAGCAGCUCAACGACCCCAGUUCGCAGCUGCGCCAGUGGGUGGCCAUCUGCUUGGGUAAACUGUGGGACCACUACGAGAACGCCCGCUGGACGGGCGUCCGCGACAUCGCCCACGAGAAGCUCUACAGCCUGUUGAACGACCCCUGCCCCGAGGUGCGCGCCGCCGCCGUCUACGCUUUGGGCACUUUCAUAAACUCGGUGACCGAGCGAUCCGAGCACGCCAACAACAUCGACCACGCCAUCGUGAUGACCUUGGUGAAGAGGGUGAGCAACGACAUGAGUCACCUGGUGCGCAAGGAGCUAGUCAACGCGCUGCAGUGGGUCGUCAUCGCCUUCGAGCACGUUUUUCUUACGCUAGCCAUGAAGGAGACGCUCAGUAAUUUGCAGGAGGUGGUGGCGUCGCCGGGGUUGAAGCGCACGGGGAGUAGGGAUAGGUUGCGCACGUCGGAGGAUGGGAUGGAUAAGAUGAAGAGGGUGUCGUCGAGUUCGUCGAUUAAUAACAUGGGACACAUGAAGAGUUCGUUGAGUCAUACGGGGAGUCUGGGGACGUUGCCGGGGUUGGGGUACGGGUCGAUAUAUAUGAAGAUCUGGGAUGCGUUGUGUAUGUUGGAGAGCGAUCCGCAUCCAGAGGUGGAGAGCAUGUGUAAGACUAUUACGAAACACAUCGCUGCUAAAGUGAAGGAGUCGAGGGAGUUUGCGGAUAAUAGGUGUGCGAGUUUGCCCCCGAGUCCCAAUAGGGGGAACUACUUGUCGGGGGAGAGCCCCCCGACGCUGCACCCCGCAGCCGAUAUACCCAAGUACACCAGGACACUAGGGAGCAGAGGAAGGAAAAUACACCCGAAUAUCAUCAACGAGGAAACGGACGUGAAAAUGAAGCAGAGGAAGCCGCUGGUGGGCACGAAGUUCAUAGAGUGGGCUUGCAAAAGGUUUGCACAGUCGAAAAAAAAGGGGGCCAUGAUGGACGUGGAGUCGGCGGUAUUUUACGAGAAAGAUUGGAGGUACACGAGGAAUAACAAUAUUCGUAAAGAAGCGCUAGAAGAGACCUCCCGGAUCCAGUCGGCGAAACUCGAGUCUCAAGUUUUCAAUACUCGGACGUCUUUGCCUCCCAGUGUGUUACAAUUCCACCCAUUCGACCAGCAGAUCGCCGUCGCUGGGAAGGACCAUUUCGGAAUAUGGGACUGGGGCACGGGCGCCAAGACCACCGUUUGUCAUAACAAGUCCGCCAAGUUCUCCUCUAGUCGCAUCACGGCCUUGGAAUGGAUCAACGCCCACGACGUCGCGAUGCUGAUGGUCGCUUCGGACGAUGGUAGUGUCAAGGUGUGGAAGCCCAACACGGGCCACAGCCGCGAGCCCACCCUCAUCAGCGCGUGGCAGGCCCUCACCGAGAUGAAGUGGCGCCACUCGGGGACGCUCCUCUCCUGGGAGCAGUACACCCAGACGGCCAUCGCCACCGGGGACUCGCGCGUCAUCCGCUUCUGGGACGCGGAGCGCGAGCUCUUCGCCUUCGACAUCCUCACCGGCUCGGACUGCCCCAUCACGUCCAUCGACUCCUCCUUCUCGGGGGUGUCGCACGAGAACUACAGCAAGGCGUACCUGGAGCGGGAGAAGGACGACGAAGGGAUCAGCAUAGACGGCGAGGAGGACAUCAAGUCGUACCGGUACGGGAUGGUGGUGGCCGGCUACCAGGACGGCUCGAUCCGGGUGUACGACAGGAGAUGCAGUCCGACGGAGGCAAGGGUCGGGGUGUUCAUGGAGCACUCGGGGGCGGUGUUGGGGGUGCACCUGCUCGGGAACACGUUCUACAGCGGAAGUGCCGACGGGUCUGUUAAAGUUUACGAUAUCCGAAACCACACUGUUGUUCAUAGCACACAAGCAAUCCAGAAUACGAUGUCGUGUUUUGCGUUGCAUCGAGGAACUGCCACUUAUGCCUGCGCAUCCAUGAACCAGAACGUCAGCGUGUUCAUGUUUAAUGGGUGUUUCCUGAACACCAUUCGCUUCUACGAGGGCUUCAUGGGCCACCGCAUCGGGAACGUCACCUGCUUGAACUACCACCCGCUGAAGGUGGCGCUGGCGACGGGAACGUCCGACUGUUCCGUCAGCGUCUACUGCUUGGAGAGCAAGAGGUGACGCGAUUCUCAGCCCUAGGCUUCGAUAUGGAGCUUCCUGGGCUACUACUAUUAGCUAGUGAAAUUUUCGUUGCUUUUUCGAGCUAUUGUACAUAUUUACGUUAGUCACAUUUUAUCGUGUAUAUAUAAAUUUUAAUUGAGGACGCUUUAGCAUCAUGUAGCUAUUACCCGGUUUAAUAGUACAGUACAGGGAAUUUUGUUGUUAGUUCUUUAAGACUGAUUGUUAUUUUUUUAUGGAACUUGACAUCUUUUUAUUUUCGUAGAUAAGGGGUGAGAGAGGUAGGCCUAGGGGGGUAUUCAUACGUAGGAGCGUUGUUGAGUAAUUUUAAGGCGCGCGAUUUGGUUCCGAUUGUGAUAACUUCAAUGCAGCACAUAGCUGAGCCUUCGAAACAAUUUUUGGUUUUAAACCCUCGAGGAGUACGCUUAGUCGAGCACAGCACACGUACAUGCACAAAACGAGACUGUCGAGGGCUUAAGCCGUCUCUACUUAGAAUUGAAGGUUCCUUUUUUUGUAUAAAGUCGUUCAUUUGUGGCCAAUAAGUCUUUAUUUUAUUUAAACUUAUGUUACGAAUAAUAAAUAUAUCACAAUUUAAACAUUA